GGUGUGCCCGGCGCGAUGUCGGAGGAGGCGAUGGAGAGCUACCUGUACGCCGCCUACCCGCCGUACUCGUACCGCUACCCGCAGCCCAAGGGCAAGGCGGGGGCUGCGGGCGGCUGGCGGCCCAGGGGGGGGCGGCUACUCUCGGCCUACGGGGAGGCGGCGGCGGCGGCGGCAGCCGAGUACUUCGACAACUACCAGCGGGCGCAGCUGAAGGCCAUCCUGUCGCAGGUGAACCCCAACCUGACGCCGCGGCUCCGCAAGGCCAACACCAAGGAGGUGGGCGUCCAGGUGAACCCGCGGCAGGACGCCUCGGUGCAGUGCUCCCUGGGGCCCCGCACGCUGCUCCGCCGCCGGGCCGGCCCCGCCGCCAGGCUCCGCGAAGCGGAUCCGGAGCAGGACCUGGAGCAGGAUCCGGAGCGGUACGCGGAGCAGGAGCAGGGCAGCCCCGCCACCACCAGCACCCGCGCCGUGCGCUUCCCCCGCACCAUCGCCGUGUACUCGCCCAUGGCGUCCCGCAGGCUCACCGCCUUCCUCGAGGAGCCCGAGCAGGAGCCCUCGGCCGUCGGGGAGGAGGCGGCCGAGAAGCAGCAGCAGCAGCAGCAGCGGGAGGCGGAGGCGGCCGCCGUGCGGGCCAGCUGGGAGAAGCCCCCCGAGGGCGAGGCCAAGGCCGAGGGCGAGGCCAAGGCCGAGGCCGAGCCGCUGGGGCAGCGCCCGGCCGCCGCCCCGGGGCCGGAGGGGAGCCGGGAGGAGGAGAAGGAGAAGGAGCAAAAGGAGCAGGAGGCGCGGGCGGAGCCGCCGGCAGCCCCCCAGAAGCGGGAGGCGGGCCCGGGCAAGACCCGGCUGCGCUUCCAGUUCCUGGAGCAGAAGUACGGCUACUACCACUGCAAGGACUGCAACAUCCGCUGGGAGAGCGCCUACGUCUGGUGCGUGCAGGGCACCAACAAGGUCUAUUUCCGUCAGUUCUGCCGGACCUGCCAGAAGUCCUACAACCCGUACCGCGUGGAGGACAUCACCUGCCAGAGCUGCAAGCAGACGAGGUGCACCUGCCCCGUGAAGCUGCGCCACGUGGACCCCAAGAGGCCCCACCGCCAGGACCUCUGCGGGAGGUGCAAGGGGAAACGCCUCUCCUGCGACAGCACCUUCAGCUUCAAGUACAUUAUCUGAGGGGAUGGGGGUUUGCGUUGGUUUCGGGGCUCUUCUACAAGACUGCAAGUAGAGCAGAGGUUUUUUUGUUGUUGCUGUUACUGUUUGAAGGUACUUAGCAAGGUGUAGCUGGGAAAGCAUGUGAUUAAAAGUAUUGCAAAGCA